AUGAGUCUUCGCAUCAAUCAACUCGACGUGCGCUGCGAGACUAAAACGAAGGACAACGUUUUCGUGACAGUCGUCGCGUCUAUUCAGUAUCAAGCCAUCCGCGAGCAAGUCGAAGACGCGUUCUACCGCCUCGCCGACCCGCAGGCGCAAAUCCGCUCCUACGUCUUCGACGUCGUGCGAAGCAGCGUACCCAAGAUGGACCUGGACGAGGUGUUCAUAUCCAAGAACGAGAUCGCGCAGAACGUGGAAAAAGAACUCGAAAAGGCCAUGCACGACUAUGGCUACCGCAUUGUGCAGACGCUGAUCGUGGACGUGGAGCCGGAUGAGCGAGUCAAGGUCGCCAUGAACGAGAUCAACGCAGCCCAGCGCAUUCGGCAGGCGACCCAGGAGAAGGCGGAGGCGGAGAAGAUUCUGCAGGUGAAGAAGGCGGAGGGAGAUGCCGAGGCUAAGUACCUCGCUGGCGUUGGUGUGGCUCGGCAGCGACAGGCCAUCGUGGAUGGGCUGCGGGAGAGCGUGAUGGGAUUCUCCUCGCAGGUUCCUGGAACCACCGCCAAGGACGUGCUUGACAUGGUAAUGCUGACUCAAUAUUUCGACACAAUGAGGGACAUAGGAGCCAACAACAAGUCUUCCACUAUUUUUAUUCCACACGGGCCAGGAAACGUGGGUGACAUUUCCGCACAAAUAAGGGAUGGCCUCACUCAAAGUAUUGUGGCCUCUAAGAAUGUGUAG